AUGAACUACCCGCCGCCGCCACCACCGCCGUCCGGCCAGCCCGCACAUCUGGCACAGCAGCCUCUGCAUGUCCAGCUGCCCCCCGCAGCAGCCGCAGCUGUACCCGUGCCCUGCAAACUGAACCCCGCCAAAGCCCUGUCCCCCAAAGUCUAUGGGGGUUUCCAGCUCGUCCCUGCUACCGACGGCCAGUUUGCUUUUCUCAUCCCGAACCCGGCCUUCCCUCCCAGCUCUGGACCCGUUAUUCCCUUGUAUGCCAACGCCAAUGUCCCGGUGUCCGCAGGCAGCGGCUCGGGGAACGCGGCCGCCACCCCAUCAGCAUCCCCGGUGCAGGGGUUGACAUCAUUUGGGGGCAGCAUUGUUCCAGCGUCCCAGGCGGGAAGUCCCAUCGGAGAGCGCAGUGAAUCGGUGUGGAGGCCUUGGUGA